GCUGAAGUUUUCGGGCAAGUGGUUGGAAGCUCAGUGCCAAAGCGAGAGUGUUGUAGUUUUUAGUGUCUUAAGAAAUAGUAUAUUUUUAUUAAUAGGAUAUAAAAUCGCGAGUGUUCAUAUGGUGAUCGAUUUUAUCGUAAAAUGUCAACUAGAUCCCAACUAACAAAGGAUUUAAACGAAAGUGUGAAAGCGUUACUUGGAAAACAUGUCAAGAUACUGCACAAGAACGUCGUUAAGUUGGAGACGAAAGGAGACAAGACAGAAAACAGAGUGCUGGUGUUUUCCCCAUGCCGGUUGUUCCUGCUCACCGCGAAGGUGCCAACCAAGAUUGAAUCACACUUCCAUUACCUAGAAAUACAAGCUGUUGAAAGCAAGAAAUCAAAUCAGUUGUGCCUCACUGUUGGUGAUAAGCAGUACUCCUUUUUGACUGCUGAUGAUUCAGUCAGCCAUGAUGUUGACUCCAUGAUAAAAGCGCUGACAACAGCCAUCAGAAAUAUAUUUCCUACAGUUCCUUUACAGCAUAUUAUCAGGAGGAUAGAAGUGGUGCCAGAGUCACGAAACCAGUACCUGCAAGAUAGUCCCAGUGAUGGGCGUGCCACAGCUGUCGGUCCAUGCGGUGGCUUCUCCACACAGUAUGCUUGCAUGUGUGAUUACCACAAUAUGCCUUAUCGGGAGGAGGUGUCCUGGGACGUGGACACAAUAUACCUCUCUCACGACACACGAGAACUAUGUCUCAGGGACUUCGACCACCUAGAUCCAAAGGACAUAGUGCCUAUAAUCAGCGCCCUAGAGUACAAUACAUGGUUCACAAAACUGAAAGCCAGCAAUAUGAAGCUGACCCAUGAGGCCUUGGAUCGGUUAUUGCACAUAUUGAAGAAGACUCUUAGCCUCGAGGAACUUUAUCUGGAUAACCUCGGUGUUAAAUGGGAUUUUGCUCACAAACUGUCACUGGCGUUAAUAGCCAACAGCAACACACCUCUUCAUACUUUAGACUUGUCUAACAAUCUGAUAGAGGAUAAAGGUGCCUCUAGUUUGUGUGGAAUUAUUGCCAAAAUUAUGCAAGGUGUUAAUCAGCUGAGUAGCCCACUUGGGAAACUUCCAAAAGGCUUGGUUCAUCUAAAUCUUUCUCACUGCGGUUUGUCCUCAAAGGGUGUAAACCAGCUCGCACAUGCACUGUCGGUCAAUAAGCUGGUUCCAAGCACAUUAAGCUACCUCAACCUCAGUGGGAACAAUCUCAAGGAGGAAAUAAAUAACCUUUGUAACUUCCUUGCACAACCAAACAGUUUGACGCACUUAGACCUUUCUGGAACUGAUACAGUGCUAGAAUCGAUAUUUGGAGCUCUCUUGAGAGGAUGUGCAACUAACUUGGUACAUUUAAAUGUUUCUCGCAACAUGUUCAGCACAAAGAAGACCAAAGAAGUUCCACCAUCAUUCAAACAGUUCUUCACAAGUACUCUGAGUCUCAAAUCUCUCAAUAUGUCAUUUUGCAAACUGCCUCUGGAAGCUCUGAAGAACCUAUUGCUUGGACUGGCAUGCAAUGAGUCUACAGUUGACCUGGAACUCGAUCUGAGCUGCAACAACCUGGGUGCCCAAGGUGCCCACGUGCUAGAAUCUUGUGUGCACGGUAUCCGCUGCAUCUCGAGUUUGGACAUCAGUGAAAACAAUAUGGAUGCAGACUUAGCUUCUGUGGUGACUGCAAUUAGCAAAAAUAAAUCAAUCAAGCACUUGAGCAUGGGCAGGAACCUCAAUAACAUGAAAGCUAAAUAUAUUGCUUCUGUCAUGGAUGCUGUUGUGCAGAUGAUACAGGAAGAAGAUUGUGUUCUUCAGUCAUUAUGCAUACCAGAUUCCAAACUGAAGUCGGAUCUCUACAAUUUGAUUAAUGCAUUGGGGAGUAAUCAGUGCUUGCAAAUGAUAGACAUCAGCGGAAACAUGAUGGGGGACAAUGGGGCCAGGUUGCUUGCAAAAGCACUGCAGAUCAACUCGAAACUGCGAACGAUAAUUUAUGAUCGCAACAAUAUAACAUUGCAAGGCUAUUCGGACAUAGCGUAUGCAUUGGAGAGUAAUUAUACUGUACGCUACAUGCCUUUUCCAAUUUAUGACAUUGUCCCCUGUAUGAAGACUUCUGCAGAAAGAACAGAUGCUGUUAUGAAGAAAAUCCAAGAUAUUCUGCACAGAAAUGUCACACCAAAAAUAUACAGUAAUGGGCAGGCCUUCAGAUUGCAGCAGGGUUUCCUAUUGAGCUCCACACAGCAAAUGGUGGAUCGACUAGUAGUACAGACACAGAAUAAGAUACGUACUCUUGCACAGGAAUCAACAGAGAAUAACAACGAUAUUAAUCAAGCAACAGGGCUCAUAAAGGAUGCUGAUAACUCCAAACAGCUUCUGACAAGAUUACAAGAAGCUGUGCAGUGCAAAGAAGAAGCCGGAAACCCAAUUGACGUCAAGCUGCGUGAAGUCUCGGAUGAACUGCAUGCGGUCAUUGUUGAGUACCUGCAGAAUUCUUUGGAGAGCAUGAUGAAAUGCGCACAAGAGCAGUGCCCACAUGUUCUGUCUGAUGAACAUGUACGUGCAGAAAUUCUGAAAUUGUGCAGAGAAAAAAAUCGUCUUUCUUCAGAUUUUGUGCACUCUUGUGUUGUUGAACGUGCUGGCACAGAAAUAGUUAACAGAAUAAAUGAAUUAAAUUUGGCUGUGGCUGCCCGUGUGUCAGACCGCAUUACAGAUGAAGUGAUAGAAUCACUGUCGAGGAGUUACAAAGCACUGGUUGGUGAUACAAAUGAAAAGCGUUCUUCAACACCGGAUGUAUUGAGAACCAGGUCUCGCGUGAGUUCGGGCUCGUCACGCAAUGAUCCCAGUGACACCUUCUCCACAGCUGACACCAUUAGCCAACGUUCGGACCAGUCACCAAUGAAAUUGGAGUAUUUAAACCUCGCCACUCCACACCUCUCUACAAAACGAAAAAGUCUCCACGGUCGUAAACUGAGACCAAAAUCUGUUGUAGACAGUAUAGAGGGUCUUUCAGCUGAUGACAUUCCAGAUUUGCUUCCACCACUGCCCUGCUCAGAAAGAGAAUCACCUGAUUGUGGCCCAUUACGGUUAAGACAUCUUGUGAAGGGACGCCCACGUCGUGCAAAAACACGCGCUCCAACGAGGCCAGUUCUACGUCCUUCAGAGUUAACAGAUGUCGACGGUUUGGGUCUUUCUGAAGGUCUCGACACUUUCUUUCGACCUGGAUCAACAACACCACUUGUCUCUCCAGUUUCGGAUGACAGUUCACACACGUUUCCAUCAGAUAUCAGCCCUAAUCGCACACCACUAAUAAAAGAUGAACUAAAUUACCAAGAAAACAAAACAAGCUCAUCUGAAAUUGUUAGAAAUGUGAGAAUCACCCCAGAGAUGAGCAGAAGCUUUACAGAAGAUGACUCCAGAAGUGAAAUACGAUUGGGGAGAAGCUCCCCGUUACCAAAAGCAAUUUCUGGGCUUCUGGAGCCUGUCUCAUCACAGCUGGCAGCUGGAGCUGCGAUGCAGUCACAGUCGACUGACAGCCUAGAGCGUCGGUCGCCACUGACUGGGCGACGGUCUCAGGGUGAUUCCCCACUUACGGCUUCCCCUCUGGCUCUCUCCCGAAGGCUGGCACAGUCAUCAAAUGCUGAACAAAUAUGUGGAGGACAGUGUGUAAGGGAGGAAAGUGAUGGCAGUGUACAAGAUGGGCUGGAGAGUCGUUCCGGGAUUGGUGGACCCUAUAGAUCUAGAGCUGGCACAGGACCUGAAGUCAGGAAAAGAACAUCUAGCAAGCAGGAUGUGGAUGCCGAAAAACCACCCUCUCCCAUUGUGGCACCUGGUGUGAAACUGCGUUCCACAGGACUUGUGGAAUCACUGCGUUCUCCUACUGAAAGUUUUCCAAAGGGAACCACAGCUGAUGGUCCGAAGUCACCAGUUCUUAAGUCGACAACAAAAGACGCUUCCCUAAGGACAAAUGACAGUACAACCUGCUGUGGUGGCAAACAGUGCAACAGCCGACAGAAACCACCUCCCCCCAUUGCACCGAAGCCAAGACCAUGGUCUGUUGUCGGAGGGGAUCGGAAGUCAGGGGAGUUUUCGUUGCUGAGUGAUGGUUCCAGUACGAAUACCUCUGCUGCCAAUACCCCUGACUUGGAUUCAGGAGAUACACUGGAUGAAUCUACAGACUCUGGAGUUGCGAGUUUGGGAUCUGGAGGAGGUUGCAGUGCUGGAACCACAGUGCCUGAGAAACGAUCAGUGAGGGAGCUAGCUGCCAGCUUAGACAAACAAGGUUCGGGUGGCAGGACUGGCUCCUCACACAGUACAGAAUCAGAAAAUGUAUCUGUCAGCUGCACGGCUGGCUCUGAAGCCCCUCUCCGCUCUCGCAACCUCACGCAUUUGACUCGGAGAAGUGAUGGACCAUCCUCUACUGAAACAAAGGAAGUUCUGGAGAGCUCGGUUGAAGAUAAUGGGAUACUUGAAAGGAAGAUAGAAAUUGUUACCUCAAGGAAGAAGAGACAAAGCUAUGUGCUGAACUCCCAGUAUGCAUUUGACGAAGAUGUAAUAGAUGUCUGACAGCACUUACAACUUCAAAACAUUAUUUUUUAUUUUGUGUACUGAGUUACAUUGAACAUCAUUCCUCUUCCCCCACUCUCUCUGGCAUAUUGCCAGAUGACUGAUGUAAAAAUGUUUUAGCUUAUUCACUGACUUGUUAUAGUUAAAAAGAAUUUUAUUAUCAGUAUAGUGAAAGUAUUUUAUAUGCAGUAAACUGUGCGCUUUUUGGCAUUCAUAUUGCCAGAUCUUUUGUGUGUGUGUGUGUGUGUGUGUGUGUGUGUGUGUGUUUCCGCAGAUGUACUACACAUUGUCAUAACAAUAUCUGCAGAGCUGUAAUAAUAUUAUUGGUUUUAAAUCAGCAAUUUUUUCUGAGAUAUUUAUUAGAAUUUUAUUUUUCAUGGUUAAUGGGUUUUGUAAAUUAUGAUUAAAAGCCCAUAUUGAGUGUUACAAUGGAAUGUUUAUAUCACAGUGCUAAUUUGGCUCUGCACUCAAGGUUAAGUUAUGAAACAGUUCUUUUACAAUGACAUCUAAGAUGUAGUACAGAAUUACAUCCCUCUUCUUACUAAUUCAGUUCCAGUAUAGAUAUAUUCUGUUUUACAAUGUGAAGUGACGCUGUAUUUCACUUUUGUUGUUUAUUGCUCUCAGUUAAUAUUUCCCACCAUGUCGUACUUGCUCUUAGAAUUUGAGUGAUGCUUGAAUUCACAGUUGUAUGAUGGCAAACCUGUUCCUGUGGUGUUCUUACUCUUUCUUCUAUUCUUGUAAGGGGCUGCUCUUCUAAUUUUGGAUCAACUUCAGAGGAACUAACUUUCCUCCAAGUAUCUCCUUUCACAGAGAUUUUAUAUGUGGUUACUAGGUACACCUACUGAACCACUGGAAGGUAAAUUUCCCCAUUACUUUUGGCAUGCUUUUUUCCUAAUAAUUGAGGUAAAAAGUCCUAAAAAUAUUAUUUUCUUAUGUUGUUAUUAUUAUUAUUUAGUAACAAGAUUCUGUUUUGUAUUAAGUAUUAUUUUUGAAACCCAUGCAAGGUUGUUUUUAAGUGUUAGAAUUUGGCGAGUGUUCAUGAUAAGGGUUAUAUAUAUUCCCAUGCUCAUAAUUCAUUAAGUUCGUUGAGUGCAGCUGAUCAUUGUCAAAUGUGUGUUCAUAUUUCCCACUUUAUUUUCUUUCCAGCAAUCUGUCUUUUCCAGCACCCUAAUUGCAUGAUUGCGUAAUUUUCAGUACUGAUAAAGUGUUGUGCAAACCACAGUCAAAAUGAUAGAAAAUAUUCAUCACACAACAUAUUUAUGAUAUUGUUAUCAUAAAUUGAAGGUUGUCAAAGAUAACUGUUUAUUCAUUUGAUCUUCUGCCAUGAACCCAAUUCCUGUAAAAAAAGGUGCAUACAGAUUAGCAUUCUAUUGCAGAUAAUUUAUUGCUCUUUUGUCAGAGAUGUCAUUAGAGUCACUAAUUGUGUAGUUAAGCUAAGUGUUGAAUGAUGUUGCAAUUAUUGUCACUUUCAUCUUCUGAAUGAGAAUGACAAAGAUCACUCAGUAAAUAAUGAGUAUCCAUUGGUACUGUUUUAUUCCUGGUCAUACACUUCAAUUGUAAUACUGUUUCGUAUCAGUAAUCACGCAGGCUUUUGUUGUUGUUAUAACUGCUUCUAAAACAAUGAAAAUGUGAAACUCUUAAGCUGGCAGAGCUGCUGUAGCAAGUUAGAUGUGCUAUAGUGUCUCAAAAGAUUCUUUCAUUUUGUAACUUCUAGAGGAAAAUAGUGAACAGUGAAAUUGCAUAUACUCUUAUGCAGAAAUUUCAUUCACAUUGACUUUGGAUGAUCCUUCUACAUCUGGUGAACAUUAUACUUCCGUGAGUUACAUAUUUCUCAUUACAUACACUAAUUAUUAAUUUUUUUUACUUCAGUUAUUACAAUACAGCCACAUAAACUCACUAUCUGACAGAUUUUUUGCCUGUUGGGUUACCAUUGUAUUAUCUUAUACUCCUUCAAGCAACAAAUUAAAGGCUAUCUACUCAAAUGCAUCCUUGGAUACCUCUUUUUUUUAUGUCCUUGAACUUUUGAGUGACUGGAGCUUGGCGUUUUGUAUCGACAAACUACUUCCAAGCUGAUUUCUGCAUCACACUGGAAUCAUCUUGAAGUGCUGUAAUAUAUAGUAUAAUCUACUUGUAUUUUCAGUAUUUAUUUUGCUAUGCCUUAAUUUAGUAGCUUUGUAGUUUGCUUCCUUGCGCUUAUGGGGAGGAGAAGAUGGAGAAAAUCUUUAUUGCAGUUGUAUCUUCAUUCAUAUCUGGUCCAUUUUUAUUUGUGUUCUUAAGUGGAGUUCACAUAGUAAACUGUUAUUUUUAUGAAAACCUCCUAUUACACAAAAUAAACUUCUCUAGAAGGCAAGUAAAGCUUCAUUUUGCUAAAGACUGUGAAAUCCUCUUUAUGAAGUGUGCACAAAAUUUGUGUUUUUGCUGGCAGUAUAUUCGCUGUGCCAUUUCAUGUCUGAUCUUGCACUGCUGCAAAUAGUAUUUGAAUGUUGUCAGUAAUACCCCUACUUUGAUGAACAAUCUGGUCAGGGUUUAUUGAAAUUUUUGCAGUUGUUGUUUGUACCAAAAUUGUUGUUAAAAGUAUAAAAUCAUCAGACUACUUCUUUACAUUGUUGGAUUGCCUAUUGUGUGACCAUGCCCAUUUCUAUGCAAAAUUGUGCAAACAUCACAGUAACAGGUUUCAGGAGUCUGUGUAGAUAAUCAACAAAAGUUUUGCUUACAAAAUUUUUACAAAUUGUUUCAUUUGACCCACCCUCAAGUGUGUAUUAAUUACUGAACUCGCUCACUGUUUUAAGUGAUUUGUGUAGUAGAUUUGUUCUGUUCUAGCAAUAUAGUUUGAGGAAAGAAUUAACAAAACUAUUUCCUGUUGUAUUCUGAUCCACUUGUAUUCCAUGAAGACUGUAACGAAAUGAAUUAGAAUGUACAGAUAAACAGUAAUCAUUAGUGUUUAAUUUUACAUUCAUUAGUUAUAAGUGAACAGUCUGGAGUGAUGGGGAUUAUGAAAGUUCUAUAGAGUGAGUGAUAGAUAAAAGUUUUGUAGAGUGAGUAUAGAUAAUACCUGCUUCCAUGCACUAGAAAUUUGGACAUCUUCCACCACUGUGAUUUAAUUGCAGUAUUGUCUUUGAAUGUGUGUGUGUGUGUGUGUGUGUGUGUGUGUGUGUGUGUGUGUGUGUGUGUGUGUGUGUGUACUACAGGAAACAGCAUUCCUUAAGUUUUUUGACUUGGGCAGGUCAAUGAGAAGGAGUUAAUAUGGUCAGCAAUCUAAAAUAAAAAGGCACUGUCAUUUGAACUGUUGGAAUGGUUUGCAUCACAGAGCUUUUUCUUUAAAAAAAAAAAGGGGGGGGGGGGCAUUAAAUUGCAAUGAUAAAUUCUCAUGAGGAUAUAAUGUACAGGGGUCAUUAAAUGAUUGGCUUUGCUUAUGUAUUAUUAAGCACAAUCCUACCUUUGAUUUUACUUUUCAUUCAUCAGAGCUUUUGAUGUAUCAGAAUACUACAGUACUGUAGAAUUGAUAAAAGGUGCACUCUACACUCCACAUGAACUCGUCAGAAAUUGUAAUACUGCAGUAAAGACAUUGCCUACAUGCUUGUGUUCUGCUUCCCCUCCCCUUUGUAAAAGGAAAAGAAUUAACAUACGCAGUUAAGCUUAUGAUGUCUGGGAUAUGUGGAAUGAAUAUUUUAUGGUCAGCAUUUUUUGGAAAUUUCAUUGUGUAAAUCAUUAUCUGAUUGCAGAUACUUUAAUAAAAAUUAUAUUUUAAGCGAGGACUUAUAUGGAUCCCAACUUGGUUUUGUGCUGUACACUAAUACAUUCGGAUGAUGCCUAAGUAAUCGUUUAAAAUUCAGAUGCUUUUGAAGGUUUUUUUCCCCUGAUGAUGAUCAGUGUAUUCCCAAUGCAGUACCACAGCAGAGCAGCAGUCACUAUAACUAAGUGUUCACAUAAAUUAGCGUGUUGUGAGAACAAUUGGAAGCAGUUGAUGUACUACCUAGCUUGUACCAUUUUGCACCAUCACAUGUCAAAAGAAUGUACAGAUACGUGUUUUGGCAACUGUGGUACUGGGUCAGCCCAUAUUAAAUCAACCAAGGAUUUAGCCCUCAUAGGUUAGAUAUUUAUUGUUUAUUUUCUGUACCAAUAGAGCAAACAAAAAUUCAUACUGCUUUGAUGUAAAGAUCAUUUGUUUUUCAAAAUUGAAGAAACGAAAACUGCUCAUUGAUCUAAGAGUGCAUUGGAAUAAAAAUGUCUGUAACCUCAAAGCUAUUGAUGCUAGGAAGUUGUGGCUGAUGUCAUUGUAAAUUUCCUGGUUUUAAACUUUGAGAUGGAACACAAUAAAUAAACUUUAAUUUGAUAUGUAACACAAUAGAUACUUAAAAAAUUUACUUCAUUAUACAAAAAUUACAUUUAUCAAAUGUUUGUGGAACCUACACACUCUCUUGCAGAUGUUAUGUACAUUCGUAUCUGUACCUCUAAGUGGAAAAACUAGUUGUAUAGUAAAAUAAAUGUACUACAACAAAUUCAUACUUUUUAACUGAAUUGAUGACAAAAAUCAAUCUGUUACCAUACUAUUUAUAAAAUUAAUUUUCAUUUAAACCAUACUUUUCUGAAAAAAAUUAUCAUGAGUAUGUUUUACAUUAUAAAAAACCAAAAUUUUUGAAUAUUUGCUUGAUGAAGUUAAUUUCACAGUAGUGUUGUGUUGCAUAUCAAAUCAAAGCAUUGGUCAUCAGCUUUAAAAUGACAGUACUGUCAGAUCAAUAGAGUCAAUAGUUUUGGAGUUAUAUUUCAUUUUAUUCCUCAAAAAAAUUUGGGAAAUCAGAAAUUUUAAUAUUUUGAAGUAUCAACAACAAAUAACUGGCUUGUCAAGAGCUCUUAGAAUUUGCAGUACUUGAUAAUUGCACAGGUGCUGCCAAAUAUUAUAAGUCAGAGAAAUCUGGAAUAUCCAGAUCCAAGCGUUAACCAGAAUUGGUUGAUUUGACCUUGUCAUCUUUCUGUAAAAUAUUUAAUGAAUCUACAAAGAUUUUCAGAUAGUUAAGCAGUGUUCUGUGAGCAACUAGACCAUGCACCAUUUUUAGCCUUGAUAUUUCUAGUGGCUGACCAUAUUGUGUUAAAAAAACGUGUGAUGACUGUAUUAUGAGCUGUCACUGCAAAAGCUUUCCGUAAAAAAACCUGUGUAUUCUGACCCGUGUAUGAAUAGUCCUCAUAUUUAAUUUAUAAAGCCAUAUGAUUAUUUGUAUUAAUGUAUUGAUACGUUAAAUAUCCAUUUUUAAAUUUUGAUUAUCUAGUUUAUAACGUGUGAUACUUUUGAAUCAGUAUUUAUACUAAUGUUUUUUAUUAGAAUUUUAUCUGUUAACUGCUAUUAUUAAUAAACUUAAUAAUGUUAUUACAUUUUCUCUGUUUAAAUUUUCGAAAAGGUUUUUUUUUCAGUUGUAUUGUUGUUUUUUUCUUUUUGUUAUAGAAAUGUUUUAAACUGAGAUAUCACUUCCAGUAUUUUAGAUCCGAAGUAGAUCCAGAUAUUGUUAAUCACUUACACCUAUUAUAUUUGAAAAAUAAAACACAGGAAAUUUACAAAUUAAGUGCAAGAUCUCACCAUUGUGAUUGCAGGAUAUUCUUCUGUGAUUAAUAUGAUAAACUCUCAUGAGGAAAAUAUUUUAAUAUUUUAUUGUGUUUCAGUUAAUUGUUUAGUUAAAAUAUACUCCUACCUGGAGCUUCCAUUGUUUUAAUUAAAACAUAUGAUGAUUUCAAUUGUAAAAUGACAGUGAUGCUGGAAUAUGUUCUGCGUGGUAAGGAUAUUAAUUUUAUACAACCGAAUUGUAGCUGCUUAGUGCAUCAAAUUUCUGAAAAGUUGUGUCUUUAUGCGUUUUCUCAUUUUGUGGACAUCUAUUUGAGAAAAAUGAGAGAAAAGACUACAAAAACUGUGUAACACAGACGAAUGUGUAAGUGUUAACAGUUUGCCAAUGUUCUCAGUGAUUUGAAAUUUCUUUAAUGAAAUUUUGUGUUCAAUUUGAGACAAAUUGUGAGUUUUACAGGCUAGUCUGUGACAACAUAGAUUAGAUAGCGUGAAGAACUGUGUAUUGUUGAAUAUUUGACAUGAUGUAUAAUUACUGAAUGUACAUAUGCUGACAUAUAUGUUGUAGUCACAAAACAGAACAGCUUUUAGUUCACCUAAUUAUACCUACAAGAGUCUUUAAUUUCAAUUGUAGUUACGUUUCAAAAAUUCACAUGUGUAUAAUUCAGUCAUUUACAACAUUCCUGUAAAAACUGCCUACUCCUCUUUGCCUUCAAUCUAAGUACAGAGAUGAGAUAAUAAAAGGACUGUUUUACAGUAUUUGUAUUUUGCAGUUGGUAUUACAUGGUAUCACUAUCUAAA